CCAGAAAUAGAUGGUGAAGAAAAAGGUCAAGAAAACCAAGCCGUCGGUGGCAGACGAAGGCAGCGAAGGCCAGAGCGCGGCAGAGCAGUACGUGCCGCUGGACGUGCCUGACGAGGUGGACGAGUUUGUGACACUCGACAUGCGAUUGCUCAACUGGAGCUACCUUAACUUUCGCUUUCGCACCAAGACAACAACGCGACUCUUCUCGAUCAAGAAAGAGAUUGAAAAGCGCCACGGACCGAUCACAAACCUCAAGAUAUGCAAAGAACACUUUGCCGAGGGCAACGAACUCACAGACGACAUGUUGACAUUGCACGAAUACGGCAUCGACGGCGGCCUCCAGCAUGAAAAAGAAGUGGUGAGCUUGAUCUACUACGACUUCAAGCCGACCCAGCACGACAACCCGCUGCUCUUGGCUACCGAGCAAUACUAGAGUUCCUCGUUGCAAACCCUGCCAGGCAAGGAUCCGCCCGACAACUUCCUCACGGGAACGACGUGAGAGGCAUCAAAUAAUGCCACCCAUUUCAAGCAGCGACACUACGAGAACGCACAUCGUGUCGUUAUAUACUUACAUACGCUUUUGAGUUCUCUCGUGCGUUUGAACGUGCGAAAUGCGUCGUCGUGAGGUGUCGCUGA